AUGGAAGAGAUAAUAGAAAUAUUUGAUGAUGAUGAUGAUGAUAAUGAUAAUAUUAGUGAUUAUAGUUUUAACCUAUCAGAAGAGGAUUUAAAUAUUACAAAUUCUCCAUCUAUCCCACCUACACAACCCAUAGAAGAAUCAUCACCUCAAACUUUCAAUUUUAAUAAUAAUAAUGAUACCACCUUAAUAAAUACAACAACAACAACAACAACAACAAUUAACAAUAAAUUAAAUAAAAACAAUAAUUAUCAAUAUUAUAAUAAAAAUUCAAUAUUAUCAUCACUUUCAUCUAUACCAUCAAUACCAACAUUAGCAUCUAAUAGUAAUAUCGAUUUGAAAAAGAAUUUAAAAGAGUCCUCAUCAACAACUUCACCAUCCUCUUCCACAUUUUCAUUAUCUUCUUCAGUAUUUGGAAUACUUAAUAAUAAUAAUAAUAAUAAUAAUAAUAAUAAUAAUAAUAAUAAUAAUAAUAAUAAUAAUAAUAAUAAUAAUAAUAAUAAUAAUAAUAAUAAUAAUAAUAAUAAUAAUAAUAAUAAUAAUAAUAAUAAUAAUAAUAAUAAUAAUUUAAAACAAAUUAAAAGAGUAAAUAGUAAUAUUAGUAAUAGUUAUAGUGAUGAUGACAACAGCAACAAUAAUUAUAAUAAUAAAGUUUUGCCAAACUGUAUAGAUAUGGAUUUAUAUGAUCUAUCAACAACUAUUUCAUCAGAUAAUGAUAAAACUCCAUCAAAGAAAUUAUCUAAACCAAAUUAUGAGAAUAAUAUAUUCAUACCAAAAAAGAAAUUUUACAGUUUUAUAUCAUUUGAAAUUUAUAGAUCAAUCAUUCUAAAUUCAUCAUCAUCUUCUUCUUUAUUAUUAUUACCAACUUGUAUUUCAUAUUUACAAAUUUCAUUACUUUUAAUUUUAAAUUCAAUUUUUAAUAAUAAUGAUAAUAAUAGUAAUAAUAAUAAUAAUAAGGUUUUGUUUAUAACACCUACUUCAAAUCAAAUGAAUAAUAAUAAUAAUAAAGCUAUUGAAUUUUUAAUUGAUAAUUUAAAAGAACAUGAUAUUAAAUUUCAAAAGAUUGAAAAUUAUAGUAAAAGGGAAAUAUUUAAUAAAUCGGUAUUUAAUUCAAACUCAAAGUUUUUUUAUAUUCAAGAAACAGAUGAAGAGAAUUCAAAAGUUGGUAAUAGUUACAAUAGUAGUAGCAGUAAUAAUAAUAAUAAUGAUAAUUUUAAAUUUGAUUUAAUAUUAUAUGAUUCAUUUAAUCAAGAUUUAAAAAUAUCAAAUUUCUUUAAAUCUCUUAUUACUAUGUACAAUAAAAAUUCUCAAAUUUCUUCAAAUGGUAAAACGAUAACAGCAACAACAACAGGAAAUAAAGGAUCCAUUCGAAUAAUUGCUAGUAAACAUCCAAAUAAUUAUUUAGAAUUUUAUAAUAGUUUACAUGUUGAAUUCAUUCAUUCACAUUUGGAUAUUUAUGAAGAUUUCUCAAUUUGUUCAAAGGAUUCAUUAUCUUAUGAAAUCCCUGAACAUAUUCAAAAUUUUUUAAAAGAAAUUUUAAAUAUACUUAAUAAUAAUAAUAAUAGUAAUACAAUUAAUCAAAAUGAAUCUAUACUAUUAAAUUUAAUAAUUAAUAAUGGUAUAUCUUUUUCUUUUAAAUAUUUGCAAUUAAAAUUAAAAAACUUUAAAAAUUCUUUACAUUUCAAAGAAAUCUUUAAAAAAUUAACAAAUUUAAAUAAUGAAGUUGAAGCAGGUAUAAUAAAUGAUAUAAAUAAAUUAUCAAUAUUAAUUAAAUAUUUAAAUGAUCAAUUAAAUAUCUUUUGUCAAAUUAAUCAACAAAAAUUACCAAUAUUUUUUAAAGUUUUAAUAGUUACAAGUGAUAAUUUAAUUAUUGAUGAAGUUUAUAAUAGUUUAAUAAAAAAUAUAAAAUUUAUAAAACCAUUUAAAAUAUUAUCACCAAUUUUAUUAGAUCAAAUAAAUUCAAUCAAUUACCAACAAAAUAAUUGUAUAAUAAUAUCAUUUAAAAAUUUAAUACAAUCCUUAAAGAUUUUAGAAUCAAAACAAUUUUCAAUUAUUAUCAAAUAUGAUUUAUAUCAUAAUAUUUUAGAUGAUCAUAUAAAUAAUAAUGAUAAUAAUCAAUUAAAAUUUCAAAUGCAACAACAACAACAAGAUAAUUUAUUAUUUUCAACAUUAUUUUUAAAUAUGACAACAUCAAAAUUUAUAAUAUUUAAACCAAUUAAAUUUAAUGAAAUGGAUUUAAUUUUCGAGUAUUUAGAUCAAUAUAAUAAAAAAGAGUUUAAUGAAAAACUUUUAAUAUUAAAUAAUUUACAAUCUUCAUCUUCUUCAUUUAGUUCUCCUUCUUCAUCAACUUCUUCUUUAAGUUCUUUUUCUUCAUUUAAACAAUCACCACAACAGUUUUCUAUAAAUUUGAAAAGAUUAAAUCAAUUUCAAAGAUUAAAUAAUCCAUUUCAAAAUAAAUUAAAUUUUAAAAAUAACUUUCAAAUACAUCAGCAGCAACAACAACAACAACAACAACAACAACAACAACAACAACAACAACAACAACAACAACAACAACAACAACAACAACAACAACAACAACAACAACAAACAAAUAAUUUAAAUCAUAGAUUAUCAAUUGAAAUUAAUUUAAUUUGUGGUGAAAAUUUUUUACAAAAUAGAAAUUUAAUUGAAACUUUAAACAAAGAUUUCAAUAUUAAAUUAAUUGAAAGAACAUUAAAGAAUUAUUUAGAUUUAAUAAUUGAUGAAAGAAAUUGUUUAUUUUUAGUAAAGAAUAUUGGUAGCAACGAUAGUGAAAAGAAUCAAAAAAACAUUGAAACAUUAAUAGAAUCAAUUAUUAUUACUAGUUUUCAAUUUGAAAAAUGUUGGAUAAUAAUUGAAUCAUCAUCAUCGUCAAUAUCUUUUAUGGAUGUUAAUAGUAUUAAAUUUUCUCAAAAUUUAAUUAUUCAAUGUAAUUUUUUAAUGAAAGAUCAGAUAAAUAAAAUUCAAUUCCUUUAUAGUUGGUCACCAAAUCAAUCAGGAUAUAUAAUUAGAUCAAUUUGUGAAAAUAUUCCAAAGAGUAGCGAGAUUUGGAAUCACUCAUUAGAACAAUGGUCCGAUAGAAAAUGGUUAUUAGAAGUUGAAUCAAAACAUGAAAGGUUUUUAUCAAAAAUACCAGGUUUUAAUCCAUUCAUCUCUCAAUUACUUUUAACUUGGAAACCAUUGAAUUUUUUAUUAUUUUCAAAAGAAACUGAAUUAAAAUCAAAUUUUCCUUGGAUGCCAUCAAAUAUUUGGUCAAUUAUGAAUAAAUUUUUAGGUAUUCAAAGUUCAUUUAAUCCAAAAUUAUUAAAUUCUCAAAAACAACAACAACAACAAAAACUACAACAGCAACAACGAAAAUCUUCUCUGGAUGAUCAAAAAAAUGUUAAAAAAAAUAAUUUAAAAAUAGAAAGGAAGUUUUCUAAAGGCCAAUCUUUUAAACAAACUCUAAUUGAUCAAUAUUUUUCAAAUAAAAAAAAAUAA